GAGUACCACGGUCCCUCCAAUUUUUUAAUUCCACUCCACACUUUGAACCGGGUCCGGCGAGCCAAACGCAUCAGCGCGCCAGUCACCGACUGUCGAGCGCGCUUCACGAACGCGCGUCCCGCGUACUUUCAAAUUUCGAACGCGAUCGAACAUAGACACGAUAAUUUUGUGUUUUUUCUCAAUUCGACCUUUUUUUUGCUUAAUUUAUUUUUAAACGAGUCUUUUGGGACAGUGAUAGUGUUUAGUGAGGUGCUUUCUUUUCUAUUUUGAAAUAAAAUUGUUUAUUUUGAAAAUGUUUGCGGAUUUGUUUUGCUGCGUUAUCGGCUAGAUAACCGGACAGAAUACUUUUUUGACAGCAUCGGAGCAGCGAGCGUCCGCCCCCGAGGAGAUGCAGGCUCGGCACAGCAUACUGUGGCACCUACUCAUUGACCUGCCUAUACUGUUGUUAGUGGCAGCAGUAUGCAUCCUACUGGAAGUGGGCGCGCUCCCGAGCCGACGAGCUGGCUUCACGUGCAACGACCCAGCAUUGUCAUACCCUCACACGGGAGACACCUUCUCCAUAUCGCUGGUCGCAGCCAUCACUGUUAUUGUGCCUUAUUUAGUGCUAUGGGCAGUGGAAACAACUCUUCAACGCGAAGACGAGUACCUGAAGAAGAGUAAACUCCUCACCAGUGCCAAGACAGCCGCCUUCAUCUACCGAGACUAUAUCUACGGAUCAGUCUUCAACCUGACCAUCUUGGAAGUGGUGAAGUGCGUCGUGGGCUCCCCGAGGCCGACCUUCUUUGAUUUGUGCCAGCCUGAUAAAGCUAGUACUUGUAAUGAUUCGGAGUACGUGAGCAACUACCGCUGCACAUCUACGAAGUACUCCCGGUAUCUUCAGAUCGACUCCAGCCGCAGCUUCCCGUCUGCGCACGCGUCGCUCUCCAUCUACUGCGGAUUGUUCUUGGCUUGGUACCUCCAACGCCGCGCCUUCAGCUGGCACAACCGCUCCGUACUCCUGGUACCGCUACUGCAGAUCCUCUGCAUAGUGUACGCCGCUGUGUGCUCGCUCAGCCGGCUCAGUGACCACCGGCAUCACUGGUGGGACGUCCUGGUUGGCGGCGCUAUGGGCGCGCUCAGUGUUCUGUAUACGGUCCUAGUUCUCUGCAAGAACUUCUCGCAGCCAGCCGUAGUCAGCACGAGUGACAUUUCCAGCAGUGACGGUAACAACCACCAGUCAGUCCGCCGGCUUCUCUCCAGCGAUGCUCAUGUGGUCGUGCCCUAGCCUCAAGCAGUGUAAGCGCCACGCUUACAUACAAACCUGACUUGAAGUGAGUUCUUGAGUUGAAGUGAAGUGAGUUCGUUUGAAUCCGUGCUCAAAGAACCCAACGGAAUUCGAAUUGGAAGAGUUCUGAAUCUCAGUUGCGUAGCGCGCUUUUGUUUUAAAGAGAUGUAGAUAUUUAGAAUUCUAGUUGAUUUCUUGGAGAUUUUUGGGAGCGUUUUGGAAUUGGAAUGAGUUGGUUUAUGUUGAGUUCGUUGGAAGUUCGUUAUGUUGAAGUUCUAAUCUUAAGCAAUGUAAGCCUUGAGCUUACUUGGUUUGUAAGUUGGACGAAUAAGAACUUUUUGGGAUUGUUUAAAUUUUAUUUCAUUGACUGGGAAUAAUUUGUUGAAAUGUGGGAAUUAAUUGGUCUGUUUUAGUUUAUCGAAUGAACGAAAUAUCUCUUUGGUUUGGAGAAGAAUCAAAAUUUUUUUAUGUUAAUAAUGUGAGUAGAAAAAGAGUCUUUGAAUAAAAAAUAGGUACACUAGUUUAUUUUAGAGGUCGUAGGAGACUUGAAGAAAUGUUCUGUUAGCUUAGAAUAUUAUGAUGAGCAUUGUUCAAAUAUUCUAAUUAGUGAUACAAAAUUAAUUUAAUUUGCAAAAGGUGUUGAAUUGUAAAUAAAAAGUAGUUUUUAGUAACUUUAUGUGCGAGUGAUCUGAUUUGGGAAUUUUGAUUAAAUUCCGAUGUAUCAUUGUAGUGAUUGGAUUUCAUGAUGUUGACUUAGAUAUGCCUAGAAGACACUGCUUUAUAAUUGAGUAAAAAUAGCACACGCAUAAGUUUCAAAUGAAUAUAUAAGACUACGCGCACACUACAAACUUUUAGUCGGCCGACUUUUAGCAAGGCGGUGGUUUCUUUUUUAGAAAAUCUUGAAUUCAAUCAAAGUGACAAAUGACCUGAUCGUUGUUACGUGUGUAAUUCCAUUCAUCUUCAUACUGAUUUAUGUGCCUUUUUAGUCGUCAAAUUACAAAUUCAACAAAAAUAAACCAUUUUUUUGUAGUGUGCGCGAACUCUUAAUAGCAGCACAGAUCAAAACGAAUUAUAUUUAUAAAAGUAACGUCUUAAAAAUAGAUGCACUAAGUGAUGAUAUUUUCGUGACAUAGAAAUUCACUUAGCAACCCCAUGAGACUAUCCUUUUAUCUUAAUUCCCCUUUGAAAAGGGGAUGUCCCAUGUUUUCUUAGAAGCAUCAUAUUUUUAAGGGGAACAGCCCCCGUAAGUAACUUUGUUUACAAAGACAAAUUGGAUCUGUCAUUUGUUUUUUUUUUUUGGAAAAAUAAUCGGGGUGGUAGGCCAAACUUUUUCAUUUAUUCUUUUUUGAAAAAUAAAUAAAUUUGAAAACCAAUAGAUGACUGUUUUGUUUUUUGUAAAUUCAACGGAUUUUUUUUAAACUGUUCUUUUUUAAACAAAUGCUUCAGUUUGCAAAUUAUCUUUCAUGCGAUUAGUAGCAAGAAAUUUGAAGUCAUAUCUUUUUCUAAAUCAAUAAGUGACAGUUUUAUUAGGAGUUAAUUAAUAAAAUGUUUCGCCUAAUAAUUAUUAAACAAAGAGUCAUUCGUAGUUGUAUAUUUCAUUAUAAUUAAAUAUUAAGUUAAUUAUAAAUGAGACCAGUGAUAUUGUAGUGCAGAUUUAUUAUAUAAAUUGUGUGUAUUUUUGCACAAUUUAAUUUUAUUAUGGUUAAAAAUAUACACAAUUUAUUAAAAUAAAAACACAGUGCAGCAUUAAUAUUUAAAAUAAAAAUUCAACGUAAUAGAACUGUUUCACGGCGUAACUCUACUUACUAAUUUAUUAAUUAAUUGUAAUAUUAAAUAUUAUUAAAAUACGUUUUUUUAAUAAUAACAACAUUUUGACAGUAUUCACUGCUUAGUACCUGUCUAGUCGUAAGGUAAUUAAACAUUUAUUUUUAUUUAUUGUUAACAUUUUUUCAUAAAACAUUGUUAAAUCUACCCACCUGUAUUUAUAAUUUAAAAUAACAACAUUAACUUUGUUUUUACCGGUAUUGGGUAAUAAAUAAAUUAUUAUUUCAACAGAAAAAAAUAAUAAUUUGCUAAUUUUCUUUUUAAGAAUUUGACAUUCCUGUGCAUUUAGUAUACUAAUAGUUUUAGUCUUUUCUAUCUGGAAUUUUGUAAAUAUUAUUUUUAAGGUGUAGAUGUGUGUCUGUGGCUGACUGAUGUCUGUAUGUGAAAUUGUAUAAAAUAAAAUGAAUUAAACAAAA